AUGGGCUGCAGACGCACUGACUGCCUGGCAAAGCCUCUGUCAGGGGUUUUUGAGAAACUUGGAUCACUUGUAGGCUCCUGUCCUUUUUAUUUUUUUGUGAUUCCCCUUAUACUCUCAGUGGCGCUCGGUGGAGGCUUCACUUUUCUCAAAGACAGGGAGGACAAUGACUUUGAACGGCAGUACACACCCACAAAAGGACCCUCGAAGGCAACGAGAGCUUUUGUCAGGGAGAACUUCCCUUACAAUGACUCCAUGUUUUCAGAGGACAGGCUGUACGACAAGGGCAACUUUGCAUCCCUCAUUGCUGUGUCGACUAACGGCUCAAAUAUACUAACAAAUCCAGCCUUUGAGGACAUCAUCAGACUCAACAAUAAGAUCCUUAAUAUCACUGUGAACAAUGGGAGCCUUGGAUUCAGCGAGGUGUGCGCAAAAGCCAAUGGAGAAUGCAUCUCAAACAUCGUCCUGGAAAUUAUUAGCUCUAAUGAAACUGAUCAAACCAACAUCACCUUCCCCGUAUAUACCCACAGAUCCAGCUCAGUGUUCCUAGGCUCUGUGCUCGGUGGGGUUAUCACAGAUGCCAACAGCUCAGUCGUAAGUGCUCAGGCUGUAAAACUCUUCUACUACUUAGAUAACAAGGAAAGCACAGCUGAUGCCUCAAAGUUAUGGCUAAGAGGAUUUAAGAGACUGCUAUCAGAUGAGACGGGCAGCAAACACAUUGACGUGUCUUACUACACCUCCAAAUCCAGGCAGGAGGAGAUUGACAGUCACACCACAGAUGGCUUCCCUUUAUUCCUCAUCACUUAUGCCUGUGCUAUCACCUUCUCAGUGAUAUCCUGCCUGAGAUUGGACAAUGUGAGGAACAAGGUGUGGGUGGCCGUCUUUGGCGUCUUCUCCUCUGGCCUGGCUGUCCUCUCCUCUUUUGGCUUGCUGCUUUACAUCGGAGUGCCAUUUGUUAUUACAGUCGCAAACUCUCCUUUCCUGAUACUCGGAAUCGGUCUUAACAACAUGUUCAUAAUGGUGUCCGACUGGCAGCACACCCACGUGAAAGACUCAGUGCCGAAGCGGAUGGCUCACGCUUACAAAGAAGCCAUCAUGUCCAUCACCAUCACCGCCCUGACCGAUGUCCUCAAAUUCUCUAUCGGCGUCAUGUCUGACUUCCCAGCCGUGCAGUCGUUCUGCCUCUACACCAGCACCUCCAUCAUAUUUUCCUACAUCUACACAAUCACCUUCUUUGGAGCCUUCCUGGCUCUAAACGGGAAGCGGGAAGCCAGCAACAGGCACUGGCUGACCUGCAUGAAAAUACCAUCAGACAAUUCUGAUCAUCAUUCUGAGAUAUAUAACAUCUGCUGCGUGGGAGGCGACUAUGAUAAGAACACUGGAGCAGAGAAAAAACAAGCAGCGAGUAAUUUCUUUAAGGAUUACUACGGCCCAUUUUUGAUCAAACCCUGUGUCAAAGGAGUUGUAAUCUUCCUUUAUGUGGUGUAUUUAGCCGCAAGUAUUUAUGGGUGCUUUCACAUACAACAGGGGAUUGAGCUUUAUGAUCUGGCAGCUGAUAAUUCCCACGUUACCAGGUUUAUUAUGAAGGAUAGGGAGUAUUUUUCAGGUUAUGGUCCAUCUGUGAUGGUAAUUGUAAGUGAGGAAUACCCAUACUGGGAUAAAACUAAGAGGCACCAACUUCAGGAAUGCAUAGAGGACUUUAAGAAGCUCGAGUUUGUAGAUGAGGAUGUCUAUUCAUCCUGGCUGGAUUCUUAUUUGUCAUAUGGACAAGAAACACAUUUAAACCUUAAUCAUAAAGAUGUUUUUCUCAAAAAUCUAUCUCAAUUUUUUGAUGUAUUUCCUUUUUUCAAGCAAGACGUGAACCUCACUGGAGAUGCUGUGUAUGCAUCCCGCUUCUUCAUUCAGACCGUCGAUAUCACUAAUGCCAACAUGGAAAUUGACAUGCUUAAAGGUCUCAAAACCACUGCAGGCAAAUGUAGCACAGCAUCUAUGUUAGUCUACAAUCAGAAAUUCAUCUUCUACGACCAGUAUGGCGUCGUAGUGAGUAGCACGGUUAAAAACGUUGGCGUGAUCACAGCUGUGAUGUUGGUUGUCUCUCUCCUGCUGAUUCCAGACCCCCUCUGUGCAUUGUGGGUGACUUGUUCGAUUGGCUCAGUGACUGUAGGGGUUACUGGUUUCAUGGCGCUUUGGGACGUCAGUCUCGAUUCCAUAUCCAUGAUCGCUUUUACCGUCUGCAUCGGCUUCACAGUUGAUUUCUCAGCUCACGUUUCCUACGUCUUCGCCUCCAGCAAGAAAACGAGUCCUGACGACAAAGCUGUGGACGCUCUCUCCAGUUUAGGCUAUCCCAUACUUCAAGGGGCCCUGUCCACCAUUUUAGGUGUGGUGGUGUUGGCAACGUCUGAAUUUCACACAUUCAGAACAUUUUUUAAGAUCUUCUUUCUUGUCAUGUUUAUCGGGAUGCUUCACGGCCUCAGUUUCAUUCCGGUAGUUCUGACAUUAGCAACAUGCAGUAACUCACAGAAAGAUGAACGUAAAGACAAAAUUUUGAGUAUCAGCAAACUAUGACCACAGUUACACUGCAUGUGUAGGUAGUUAGACAUAUUAGAUAGGUACAUUUACUUGUAGAUCCAUUCAUAAAAAUGUUUUCAUUUUCUGGAAA